UCCACCAGCGAGGAGUAAACAGUGCUCUAGGAUGUCUCAAUGCGCUAAGUUUUACCUUUAAAUAUUAGGUUUGAUAAACUACUAGCGCUCAUACACAGACACACAGGGAUAAGUAAUAUACUAAGACAUCUAUGAAAACAGCAUACCGAGCAUUUAGUGUUUUAUAACAUUUUAAAAGCAGCUAAGAGUGUACUGAAAGGGAUGUUUGUGCUACGUUAAGAUAGCAUGCUAAGCUAAGUGCUAGCCCCGGCUAACGUCAGUUUGCCUUUUGGAAUGGUAGUGAGCAGCGCGAGCUCCUCCGGACAUGGCAGCGGGCGCACGAGCCUCUUCUGGCGGCUCUUUCGAGUCCACGAUGGGGAAAAGGUUUCAGAGCGUGUCCAACACCAUGGACUCAAUACAGGGACUGUCAACGUGGUGCAUCGACAACAAGAAGUACCACAGCCUGAUUGUGCGGCACUGGAUGAAGUGUUUGAAGAAAUCCGACACCUCACAGAGGCUCAACCUUUUUUACGUCGCUAACGAUGUCAUUCAGAACUGUAAAAGGAAAAAUGCCAUCGUUUACCGUACGGCGUUCGCUGAGAUGCUCCCUGAAGCCUUCUUGCUGGUCAACACUGAAGGUGACCCAAAGGUGUUAAAAGCUGUGGAGAGGAUCCUUUCCAUCUGGGAGGAGAGGGGGGUGUAUGCAGGGACCCUCAUCACUGAGCUCAGGAGCAACUUAGUCAAAGAGGAGUCCCCUCCCGAGACCCCCGUGGAGCAAAAAACUCCAGUCGAGUCUAAAGCAGAUCUACAGUCCAAGAUUGUUGCUGAGUUUGUGCCCCAGGCUCUGUUUGACGAUCUGUCCAAGUACAAGAAGUCUCUGGAGGAGUUAGACCUGAGAGAGAAACAGCUGGCAGCGAUGAGAGUCGACAUCUGCAGUUCUGAUGCCCUCAAGAGACUCAAAGAUAAGGCAGGAGGAAAGAAAUUCUCCAAGGACUUUGAGGAAGGAAGUGCGCAACUGCAAGACUUUGUCAAGUUCUUUGACCAACAAAUCAAAGUAGGGCCUCCUCUCAUGCAGUCCCUCAGCAACGCAGAUAUCUUCUACGAGAUGCAGUACAAGGAGGUCAAGAUUGUUGCUAAUGCCUACCAGACGUUCGCCAACCGGGUGUCCCACCUGAAGCGUAAACUGGACUCCCUGAAGGCCAACCUGCCAGACAUGGACGAGUCUCCCAUCCCCUCACCUUCCGCAGACGCUCCCUCUCCAACGGGCUCAGAGUCCCCUUUUCACGACCUGGAGAUGGCCCGCCCCGAUCCAGAUCUUGACGGCUGUGCGAUGGAGGAUGAAGCCGACGCGCCGGCCCCGAGCCCGCUGUCCUCCCCGGGAGGAUCCCCAAAACAAAUGGAGACCGUCGGGCAGAGUGACAACCGUGAGGUGGAGGACAUGGAGCUCUCUGACGAAGAAAUGGACAGCGGCGGCAUUAUAGUUGAGGACCAGAUUGAAAGCCCCAUCCAACCAAAGGUGUCCUCUUUAAAAGCAGAGGCAGCAGUGGCACCAGAGCAGCCUGUCACACAGGUCCCGCCCCCUGCACUUACUCCUGCACUUACUCCUCCUGCACGUAAUCCAGCAGUUACUCCUCCAGCAGUUACUCCUCCAGCAGUUACUCCUCCAGCAGUUACUCCUCCAGCAGUUACUCCUCCAGCAGUUACUCCUCCUACAGUUACUCCUCCUGCAGCAGCUCCUCCUGUAGCAGCUCCUCCUGUAACAGCGCCUCCUGUAGCAUCGGCUCCUGUAGCCGCGACUCCUGUAGUGCCUCGUGCAGCAGUGGAAAGUGUGGACCUGGGUAAAAUUGGCUCCAUCCUCAACAGUUUGAAUGCAGUCAUGAAGAACACAGGGCCAUUAGUGGAGAGUCCUCCUGCAGCCUCCCCUGCUGCCUCCUCAUUGAAGAGUCCACCAGCGGCCCCUGUGGCCCCCCAUGAAGCCAGCUCUCUGGUGAACCUCCUCUCUAAGGUGGACAUGAGUUCUGCAGACAUCCUGGGCGCUCUCUCCAAAGUCCAGGGUAGAGGCAGCCUCGGGGGUAUCUCUUCUCUUCUGAGCAGCCCACAUGUUUCUUCAGUCUCGUCCAGUACAGGAAAAAUCCCUCCGUCAUCCACAUCCGCGUCAGCAGCACUCUCUCAGAGCCCGUCUCUCCCGCCUGUUGCACCUGUGCCUUCUUCACACAGCGCCACUGAAAGGCUGAGUCUGAGUUCCCAAGCCUCGCCCAAGACUUCAAAUGCAGCAUCUGCUCUGGUCCAGGCUCUCCAUCGGGACAUGGAUCUGACUACAGAGAAAUCACCGGCCUUGUCCUCGGAUAGCUUAGAGUCUAAAAUCCACAGCUUCCUGCAGGGGAACCCGGCUUUCAAUGCGUUUGGCAUUAGUCUUCCCACAAAGCCUGUGGCAGCAGCGGACAACCUCAGCCCCGUAACUGGGACAGACAACCAGGGCGGGACCCCAGUGCGGGAUGAGGGCGGCAGCACCCCAACUCAAGAUGAAAUAAUGGACGAGCCUGUGGUGGUCCCGUUCACCUCCAAGACAAAUCAGUCAUCGAUUGGAGAUACGGUUACCAUGGCUCCUGUAGCAUACCAGAACAGCAGUCAGCACAACAAUCCCCCACAGCAGGCCCGCCUGCAGCCUGGGGGGGGCCCUCAGAACGGGCAGGCAUACCAGCCGUACCCUUACGGCCAACACAACGUUUCGGAGCAUGGCAUGGCCGCCCCCGAUGCUCACUACCAGCAGAUGUCUGCACAAACAGGAGGGCCGGGGCCUGGAGUAAGACCCCCAGGUGGUGUCGGUAGCACACAGACAAUGAAAGGCUUUCAGGGGGGGAGUGAAAGCGGUUGGUAUGGGGACAGUUACCAAGGGGGGAACUCUCAGCAACCCAGAGGCUACAAUGUGACGGGGCCUGGAGAACACAACUCCUCUGGACUUUAUCCGUACCAAACAGAGACAUUUCGGGAACCUCAACAGUUGGCCCCCCAGCAGGGCGCCGCCACGGCCCCUGGUUACUUCAGAGGUACCCUCCCUCCUGUCCCAAUGCUCCCUCCCCCUCCUCGAGUUUUAGACGCCCCUCCUUCUGGGAACAGCAGUAUGAUGAUGCCACCAGAGCAGCAGCAACCGGGGCCCGGCGUUGGAACGGGGGAGGCAAUCGGGCCCCGAGGCGACAGUGUCAUCAGCGGGAUGAUCGUCCACGACCAUCAACACAAAUCCAUGUUCCAUCCUGAUGAUUCGCCCUAUGAACUCGACAGACCUCACCCUCACCCUAAAGACUUCCAUCCUCACUCUGAAGACUUCCAUCCUCACCCUGAAGGCUUCCAUCCUCACCCUGAAGACUUCCAUCCUCACCUAGACAGACCCCUUCCUUCUCACCCGGAGGAUUUCCCCCCUCACCCAGACGACCUGGGUUACCAAGAUGACCCCCGCCAUCAUGAUCAUUAUGAUGCCCAUUUCUUUCAAGAAGACAAUUUCCCCCACCCAGAAGAUCCUUAUCACAGGCCAGGUAACCCUCCGCAGCACUACCCCAGAGUUCGAGGGCCCCCCGCUCCCCCUCUCUCGGCCUCAGAGGACCCUUACUACCAGGGCCACAGCCCCCGUCCUCCGCACUUCGCUCCCAGGAGACCACCUCCACCACAUCAUCUUGAAAUUCGUCAUCCUGGACCACGGCCUCCACAUCGGCCUCCUCACCCAGCACACCACCCACACCCCAGAGGACCCCCACAUGCAGCAUUUCCUCGGUUCCAGGGCCCCGGUCCAAGGUUAAGGGGCAAACGUCCUGGUCCAAGAGGAGGCGGACAUCCUGGUCCAAUGUUCCCCCCGAAAAGACCCUUUCAACCCCCACGGUACUGAGUGGGCAUGAAGCUCUGAGCUCACUGGAUGUCAUGAAGGCAGGGUCAGAGUUCCACACCUGUGAACAUCUAGGUGGAUGAAAGAGCAGAGGUGGUCACCAGGAAUGAAUUCAGCUGAUACCAGAAGAGGGGCGAAGAAUAAAGCAGGAGAACAAGAGACACCAGGAGGCUCUGAGGGGGCUGCUGAGCGGAAGAGUGAAGACAGAAGAUGAAAGAAAAUAAGAGGUGGAUAUAUAUAUAUAUAUAAUUCACUUUUUGUGUUUUUUCCUCCAGUAUGAAGCAUUGCAUUAAAUGUGGAUUAGAGCGUCAUUUGAGUGUGUGCAUGGUAUGCGUGUGUGCAUGCGCUCAAGUGUAGGUUAACUCAUACCGGACGUUGAACUCGACGAUAAUUAUUUUUGCUAAAAGAGAAACAAAAGAAUGUAGUUGGUGCAAUGUUUCUGCUGUUAUAUCGUUUUUUCAGUGAGCAGUUUUGACUGCUUCUCUUCAAAUCAGCAGUUUCAAGUAGCUUUUGGUAAAAAACUCAAUUUAAAUUAAAUCCCUUUGGGUCUGAAAUAUGUUAUAGAAUUUAUGUUCCUUCUGCGAUUCUCGUUCGCAUAUUUUAGGCAAAACAUUUUUGCAUUGUUUCUACACCGAAUGUUAUAUAUUUGUGAAGCGAUGCUUUCUCCACCUGUGCGUGAGAUACCUGCGGCGAUAGCUUUAGGUUUCGGAGAGCGGCACACUACUCAAAGGAGGAGAGAGCUGUGAGUUUCUUUCUGCCUCCGACGCAGAAGUGCAUUUUUGGAGGGGAUGAAGAAAAUCGUCUUCAGUUUCGUUUUACUUGUACUGACUAAUAAAAAUCUGAGUUUGAAAAA